GAAGGUGAUCAAUCUCCAUCCGUCUCCAUUAGAAAUCACCUUUAACAGCCUGACAGACGACCAGGAGCCCCCCUGAAAAAGCAAAUGAGUUUGAACCGCGCGGCCGUAAAAAACGCCCGGAACCGCGGCGAGGACGCGCUGAGCUGUCUGCGCCUUUUCCAUCCGUGAUGCCGCUGGCUUUGCUCACUCUGUGGUUUUGAGCAAGUCUGCAGACUUCCUCCUGCUGGAUAAUUUCACUUUGGCUCCGAGGACUCCGGGGGAGAAGAGAAAGGCGUUAAACGAGUGACUCGCUCCGCUCCUCCGCUCCGCCAAGCUGCAGCAUCGGGGGAAGCUGAACCACUGGCCUGAGCUGGGUGGAGCAGUGACCGCCUGUAGCAUGAUGUCCUACCUCAAACAGCCCCCCUAUGGGGUGAACGGCCUGGGGCUGAGCGGCGCGGCCAUGGACCUGCUGCACCCCUCGGUGGGGUAUCCAGCGACGCCCAGGAAGCAGCGGAGGGAGCGGACCACGUUCACCCGCUCCCAGCUGGACGUCCUGGAGGCGCUGUUCGCUAAAACCCGCUAUCCGGACAUCUUCAUGCGGGAGGAGGUGGCGCUGAAAAUCAACCUGCCGGAGUCCCGAGUUCAGGUGUGGUUCAAGAACAGGAGGGCAAAGUGUCGCCAGCAGCAGCAGAGCGGCAGCAGCGCCAAGGCCAGGCCGCCCAAGAAGAAGUCCUCUCCGGCCCGGGAGAGCACGGGAUCGGAGAGCAGCGGCCAGUUCACCCCUCCGGCCGUCUCCAGUGCUGCCUGCUCCUCCUCUUCCUCCACCUCGUCCACCAACCACUCCGGCCCUGCAGCUCUUAGCAGCACCUCUACCUCCAUCAGCACGGUUUCCUCCAUCUGGAGCCCGGCCAUCUCUCCAGGAAACGCCCCUGCUCCCGCCGUCGCCCCGCUCCCUGAGCCCGGACCCCCGUCCAACGCCUCCUGCAUGCAGCGUUCGAUGUCUGGCUCUGCAGCCGCCGCCACCUCCUACCCCAUGUCCUACAACCAGACGCCGGGCUAUGGCCAGGGCUACCCCACCCCCUCCAGCUCCUACUUCAGCAGCGUAGACUGUGGUUCCUACCUGGCCCCCAUGCAUUCCCACCACCACCCCCACCAGCUGAGCCCCAUGACGGCCUCCUCAAUGUCCGGCCAUCCGCACCACCACAUCAGCCAGUCGUCGGGGCACCAUCACCACCACCACCAGGCCUACGGCGGCUCCAGCCUGGCCUUCAACUCAUCCGACUGCCUGGAUUACAAAGAGCCGACUGCAGCCUCCUCAUGGAAGCUCAACUUUAACGCCACGGACUGCUUGGACUACAAAGACCAGGCUUCCUGGAGGUUCCAGGUCUUGUGAUCAGCCUUUUCUGGGCCCCCUUCCCAUCCUGCUCCCACUUCUUUUCUUUUUCCAGAUUAGUUUGUUGCUUGUUAUUAAAAAACAAAGAGUUUAUGAACCGUAACGAUAGCAGCAGGAAUGCUCAGCAGUCGAACUGCUUUUUCCUCCCACCUGUCCUCCAUAUCUAAACAAAAAAAAAGAAAAACAACAAAAAAGAAAAAGAGUCCUGUUGAGCAUCGGGGAGCAGCUUUGUGACGACAAAGAGUGGCUUUAUAAAAAAAAAACAAGUUAUUUCAACAAACUCCUUUUGACCAGCAGCCCUCUGGAUGAGAGGAAUAUUUUCCCUCUGGUUCACCGACGGGAACAAAGCCCCCGCUGUGCCCCCCUCCCCUCUUCUCCCUCCAACCCCCAUCCACUUCUGUACAGUUUUUAUUUCUCAAAUUUGUUAUUUUAGGACAACAGAGAUUUUUUUUUUUUUAGUCAGCUACAGCGAGGAGCUGAAGUAUGUAAAUAUCUAUUUGGGUCAGUUACAGUGACCAUGUUUAGUCGCUUUCUUUUCCUGAAUUUAAGAUUGUUUAUAAUAACUUUGGGAAGAAAAAAAAAGAAGCUGUAUGUAAAUCUUUCUAAAUAUUCCAAAGAUGAUAAAUUGGCCAUGAGGUUGAGCUUUUAUUCCAAGGGGGGCAGAAAAAGAGAAGAAAAUUUGACAUGUUUUGGAUUUAAGGAAAAAGAGAAAAUAGAAAAUGCUUCUGAUCGGAUCCAGACUUUAUUCCAGCCUUUUCAUUUUCCAAGCAGAUCUCCUCUUUGGAGCUUUGAGAUAUGGGACGUUUGAACGGCAGCAGCACUUGGCUUAAUCCUGGAGUCAAAGUAUUUUAUUUUUUCUUUUUUUUUCUUUUUUGGGAGGAGGGGGGGAGUUUUAAUGCUCCAAAAUAGAGGGAGAGAUGUUGAAUGUAUCUUAAAAGCAACCACACUUGCAUACAUGUUCAUCCAAUAAAGAUCCCUUAAGUCAAAAUUAA